AUGGCUGCCCCAACAACAAAUGGCGACCAGCUGCUCAAUCCAGCAAAGCACAAGCUGGUCGAACAAGUCAUCCGAACCCCGGGCAGACAGCCAUCUCCACAACCCACCAUGCUGGGAGUCCCAGGAGCCUCUCAGUCAAACCAGUCUCUUCAUCGCAUUCUGUCCGAUCACGGCUCGGGCUAUGUGGCUCCCAAAUUCGAGGGCAAACAAGCCCAGAUGGGCGAAGGCAAACCCGCAACAGUCAUGGAUUUAAUCGAAGAGAAGGGUUUCCUCCCCACCGAAUUUGUGGCCUCCGAGACCGAGUGGUUCUACAAUGCCCUUGGAAUCGACGACAUGUACUUCUCCACCGAACGAGCCGAAGCAGUAGCCGCCAACAUCCUUUCUCUCUACGCUGCCAAAUUGGCCGCCUAUGCCCGCGAUGACAAGAAGUUGGAAAUCCGACUGGCAAAGGAAGCCGCCGAUCAUGCCGUCUAUAUUGACACCAGCGCACCGGGAAUCAGCGUCAUUGACGGUCCAAGAUAUGAACAGAGAAUGGACGAGAAAUACAUCGAUGGCUCCGUUCCGAGUCGCAGUUACAGAGUCGAGUCUUUCCGAUCCACAAAUGCCCUGCCAGAGAAUCCCGGCCAGUCGCUGCGUUGCUACUUCGUCUACGAAUGCCGCUUCGACAACCCCAAUCCGAGCCCAGACGAGACAGACCUAGAAGUGAUUGGCGAGAAGACCUUCCUGCAAAAGGCUACACCAAACACAAAGGCUGUCUACCAAGAGAUCAUCAACUAUGCCGUCCAACGGACAGGUCCCGUCAUCGAGAUGUUUGAAAUGGAGGGCACUCGCGAGAAGCGUCUUGUCAUUGCCUACCGGCAAGGUUCUGCCCUCGGAGUCUUCAGUGCUCUUUCAGAUCUAUACCACUACUACGGCGUAACGAGCUCGCGGAAGUACGUCGAACAGUUUUCCAACGGCAUCACCGUCAUCUCUCUAUAUCUCAAGCCCGCCUCGGUCGAGAUCGCCAAGCAAAGAAAUCCCCCCAUCGAAGCAGCCAUCCACCAAAUCAUCAAAGAGGUGUCUCUUCUCUUCUGCAUCCCCCAGAACAAACUCCAGGGCCAGUUUGCUAGCGGCAACUUGAGUUUACAGGAAUCCAUUUACGCCCACUGCGUCCACGUUUUCGUACAACAAUUCCUCAACCGUCUUGGUUCCGAAUAUACUUCCCUGGUGGCGGCACUCAAGGGUGACACCAAUGCAAAUGCUGAACUAUUGUCCAAGAUCAAGAAGCGUCUUAGAACAGAAACCUUCACUUCAGAGUAUAUUCUUGAGAUCAUCAACCGCUAUCCCGAGCUCAUCAGAUCGCUCUAUCUCUCUUUCGCCAAUACUCACUACGUCCAGACACGUGGUGAACAGGAUGACUUCAUCCCUACCCUGAGUUAUCUGCGCCUCAAUGUGGAUAAGGUGCUCGAUGACAAGAGUUUGUCUGAGAUCAUCUCACGAACCGUGGGAAACCAGCAUGAUGAGAUGGUCAUGCAAUAUUUCUUGACCUUCAAUAAGGCCGUCCUGAAGACCAACUUCUAUACGCCUACCAAAGUGGCCCUCAGCUUCAGGCUCAAGCCCAGCACGGAUUUCCUUCCAGAACACGAAUACCCUCAGCCAUUAUACGGUAUGUUCUUGGUGAUUGGAUCCGAAUUCCGAGGCUUCCACCUCCGCUUCAGGGAUAUUGCCCGUGGUGGUAUCCGAAUCGUCAAGUCACGAAACCGAGAAGCUUACAGCAUCAAUGCCCGAACUCAAUUCGAUGAAAACUACAAUCUUGCGAAUACUCAACAACGCAAGAACAAGGACAUUCCCGAAGGCGGAUCCAAGGGUGUCAUUCUUCUUGACUUCAAUCACCAAGACAAGGCUCGUGGUGCUUUUGAGAAAUAUAUCGAUAGCAUUAUGGAUCUCCUCUUACCUCCUACCAGCCCUGGUAUCAAGGAUCCCAUUGUGGAUCUGCAUGGCAAACCGGAGAUUCUCUUCAUGGGUCCUGACGAGAAUACGGCCGAUCUGGUGAACUGGGCAACGGAACAUGCCCGUAUGCGUGGUGCUCCAUGGUGGAAGUCUUUCUUCACCGGAAAGAGCCCCAAGCUUGGUGGCAUUCCUCACGAUGCUUACGGCAUGACUACUUUGUCAGUCCGAGAGUAUGUCAACGGCAUCUACCGUAAACUCAACCUCGAUCCUAGCAAGAUUCGAAAGAUGCAAACCGGAGGCCCUGACGGUGACCUAGGCUCCAACGAGAUCUUGCUCAGUAAUGAGAAAUACGUUGCCAUCGUCGAUGGCGCUGGUGUAUUGGUUGACCCUCAAGGUCUUGAUAAAACCGAACUCCUGAGAUUGGCCAAGAAUCGUGUCAUGAUCCACGAGUAUGACAUUUCUAAGCUUUCAGCAGACGGUUAUCGUGUUCUGGUCGAGGAGUCCAAUAUUACAUUGCCAUCGGGCGAAAAGGUCAACAACGGAAUGACCUUCCGAAACACCUUCCAUCUCCGCGAUGGCAGUAACUACGACAUGUUUGUCCCUUGUGGUGGUCGUCCUGAGUCUAUUGACUUGUCGUCAGCCAACAAGCUGAUUGUCGAUGGAAAAGCUACCAUUCCCUACAUUGUAGAGGGCGCCAAUCUGUUCAUCACAUCAGACGCCAAACUUCGAUUGGAGAAGGCCGGAUGUAUUGUGUACAAAGACGCCUCGGCAAACAAGGGAGGAGUCACCUCAUCGUCACUUGAAGUACUGGCCAGUUUGUCAUUCGACGACCAGAGCUUCAUUGAGAACAUGUGCGUAGGCACCGACGGAACGGUCCCCGCAUUCUACCAGUCAUAUGUGAAAGAAGUGCAGGAGACCAUCCAGCGAAACGCACGUCUCGAGUUCGAGGCCAUCUGGCGCGAAAACGAGAGCAGCGGAAUCGCUCGAUCCACACUUUCCGACCAAUUAUCCCUCGCCAUUACCAAGCUCGACGAAGAACUCCAAAAUUUCGGCGAGCUCUGGGACAACAAGCCGUUGCGUGUGGCCGUGUUCAAGGAAGCGCUGCCGCAAACUCUCCAGGCGAAGGUCGGCCUCGACAAGAUCUUGGAGCGCGUGCCGGAGAAUUACCUCAAGGCGAUUUUUGGCAGUUACAUGGCCAGUCGCUUCGUGUACGAGUAUGGUGCUACGCCCAGUCAGUUUGCUUUCUUUGAUUUCAUGCGAAAGCGUAUGGCGGGUGCUAUUGUCAACGGGCAGUAA